AUCUAUGAUUUUUUGUUGUGGUUUAACUUCACUUAACCAAAGUGUAGCACAUAAAUAAAUGAUUAGUCAUAAACAUAAGCGGAACAUAGAGAUGUGACAAAGGCUGUGCUGUAAACAAUUUGUUCGCAUAAGUGUACCGAGUGAUCUGCGUAAAUUGUUUGUUUGAGAUUCACUGCAAGCAAAAGAAUCAACAUGGCAAACGAAACAAUACCCGUAUUGCAUUUAGUCGUGAUUGGUUUUCAUCAUAAAAAGGGAUAUCAAGUUGACUAUUCAUAUCCGCCCUUGUUCGCUGAUAAGCCAAACGAUUCAGUGGAGUGUCCCGAUGGCUGGAAGUAUCUACCUACCUUGGCGCUGCCAGAUGGUUCGCACAACUUUACCGAAGAUACAGUCUUUUUCAAUUUACCAAGCUUAAAAGAUCCACGGAAAACCGUUUACGGCAUUUCAUGCUACCGUCAGAUACCAGUUGAGAAAUUGAAAAUCCGAACGGCUGACGUGACACGGAGUACGGUGCAAAAAGCGGUCUGUGCUCUUGUAUCACGCCCAUUGUAUGGUUAUAUCGAAGUGAAGCUAUCAUUAAUUGCUCAAUCAUUUUUCGACCAAGGCGACUUUUCAAACACCGAUAUCAUUCGAACGGCUUACGACCACUUAAAUGUGUGCUUAACGGAGAACAAAGCCUCUUUGGUAUCGCAGAUCCAUGUUGGAUUAUCAAUAAGAGAUAUAGUAAUAAGAUGGAGACACAAAAUACUUAUUUUGUUCAAGUUGAUGUUACUUCAGAAGAAAGUCGUGUGUUUCGGCUCACCCGUUCGUCCAAUUUGUACAUUAAUCCUAAGCAUUUUGUCACUGCAUCCAAAUCUUCUGGAAUCUGGAUUUGAUGAGGCAGCUUGCGUGAGAACCUCUCGGCCGAUGUCACCAAUGCCAGACUUCCCGAGCGAAAACGAUGACGAUUCGAUUGAUCAAUCAUUGGUAGAUGCGAUAAUCGAGGAUGAGGACGAAGAGCUAAUUAAUGCAAGAAAAGUGUCAGUAUGCUUUCCAGAUCGAUCAAUUACGGACAGCAACAAUGAGUCAAAGUCGUCUAGUGAUAUGAAUAGUGAUAAGCCUCAAGUAUUAUCCCGAGAAAUAAGUGUGGAUGCUCUAGCCAAUACACUUCAAACGCUGACCGGCAUUGAUCCGGCCGCGUGGAAUGCACCGAUACCAAUAUUUACAAAUGGUACACUGUGUUUACCAUAUCUAUCGUUACCUUAUCUAGAUCUUCUGAGCGAUCCAUCGGUGAAUGGUUUCGUAAUUGGAACAUCGAAUAUUCUCUUCCGGCAAAAGCGUCAACUGAUGGACAUUUUCAUUGACAUCGAACAAGCCACCAUUGAAAGCCAUGAUCCCGAGUUAAGACGGCAAAUUUCGCUAUCGACCGAAGAUUUACGGUUCAUUGAUUUCAUUGUGCGAAAUGUGCAAUUUCCAAAGGAAGACGCCGAAGGCAGUGAACAAUGGAUACGCAAACAGUUUCAAGGCUAUAUGUUGGCAAUGCUGCAAACGGCCAUUUUAGCACCAGAAGGAUCAAAAGAUAUCGAACAUUUCAACGGAAAUUUUAUCAAUACGUGGAAACAAACCGAUGGAUACAAUAGUUGGUUGAAUAGCCCGAACACGAGUGAAUUCGAUUUGAAACAAGUUUACAGUGGCCAUCCAUUUGCGGGCACACUCUCUGUGGGCGAUGUGAAACUAAAAUUUGCUCAAACCAUGAACAAUAGUGAAAGUGCUCGAAAAAUACAUCAAGUGGUGAACAAAACGGGCAUUGCGGUUGGAGAUGCUUUGAGUCAAGCCAAGGGAGCAUUCUCGAGUAUAUGGUCAACAUUUACAGCACCAAAUCCCGUUGCAGCGCCAGCAGAGUCCGUUGAAGCUAAGGCUGACACGGUGAUCGACAAUGAACCGAAAGAAGUGACUGAACCAAGAGAAGGCAUGAUCAAACAAAUUGCAAAGAAAACUCACAACACCGAUAUGAGCUUGAGACCAGAGAAAGAUACGGGAUCAAAUCAGCAGGGUAUCGUUGAAAUUGGACGAGAGGCCAAUACGCUUGACUCAAACAGACAGAAUGAUAUCAUUGACAUUUGAAGAAUGGAUAAUAACGUAGAUGAAAUCUUUUAAAUCUAGAACCGGAUUCUAAUCAAAUUGUGUGUGAAUAAUAAUUGAUUAAAUGAAGAAAAAGACAUUUUUAAUGCACAACUAUUUAUGUAACAAAAUGGAAGGAAAAGAACAGAAUAGUAUAGGCACUGGACGAAAGUUGCUUAUUAACAUAGAAUUCAGUUUAAAACAUAUUAAGCUGUCCUGAGUGGUUCAUUGUAAUUUCCAAUAUUUUCUUUUGAAGAGAAUUUUUAAUGAUUCCAACAUUUAGUUUGUAUUCAUAUGUCAAACCAUGUGUAUUACAAUUUAGUACUUAGACUCUUUGCUCAUUUUAUGCGUGUUUAUUGUAACAAACUAAUUUCAUAGACGACAAAAAUUAAUUAAACUGAUUUGCAAAUCAUGCGGUGAAAACACCUUAUAAUCCUUAUUUCAUGACAGCAUUGUUAAUAAAGCAUGCGACAUAUUUACACCA